UUUACAUAAAUAGACAUUUUUUAUACUGUGUAGAAAUUGUUUGUAAUUUCACAUAUGUGCAAAUCUGCACAUAUACAUUAUGCAAUAGUAUUCAAAAAUAUAUCUUUAUAUUCUAUUAUCAAUGUUCAGUUAUCUACGUGAUAAGGAUUUUAUUUUGAUAGUUACAACACAGAUAGUUACUUCGCAGUUCUCAUCUUGCAUUCAUUUCAGAAGUGAAAAUGUCAUCAGAAGCUUAUGAUCCAAAUUAUGACAAAGAACAUCCAAGAAAUCUUAUUCCAGAAUUGUGUAGACAAUUCUAUCAUCUUGGAUGGGUGACUGGUACAGGAGGCGGUAUCUCCAUCAAACAUGAAGAUAAGAUCUACAUAGCUCCUUCUGGUGUACAAAAAGAGCGAAUGUUGCCCAAUGAUAUGUUUGUGCAAGAUAUCAAUGGAACAGAUUUGGAAUUGCCACCAUCAGAAAAAAAAUUGAAGAAAUCACAAUGUACUCCACUAUUUAUGUGUGCUUAUUUAAGGAGGAAUGCAGGUGCUGUGAUUCAUACACAUUCUAAAUUUGCCGUAAUGGCAACAUUAUUAUGGCCUGGAAAAGAAGUUAGACUCACUCAUCUCGAAAUGAUAAAAGGUAUAUGGAAUCAGUCAGAGGGUAGAACAUAUCGUUAUGAUGAGGAAUUGGUAAUACCAAUCAUAGAAAAUACUCCCUUUGAGAGAGAUUUAAAAGAUGAUUUAGAUGACACUAUUAUUCAUUAUCCCGAAACUUGUGCAGUAUUGGUACGCAGGCAUGGGAUUUAUGUAUGGGGUGAUUCUUGGCAGCAGGCAAAAACUAUGACCGAGUGUUAUGAUUACUUGCUUGAUAUUGCAAUUCAAAUGAAACAAUCUGGAUUAGAUCCACUAGCAACUCCAAAUGAUUAUGAAUUAAAAUAUCAAGAAUUGAAUAAUUUAGAUUAGAAUAACCAGGAAUUUUGAUGCAAACUUGAUAUCACAACUUUGAUAUAAAUCUAUGUAUCUUUAUGGACAUAUUUAGCAUAUUAAAUAUGCAUGUGAAAA